UAUAAGCAGGGCCUCACUCCACAGCUAGCUGCACUACACAUUGUCUAUCUGCAAGCUUAUAGGUAGUAGGCACGCACUUCAGCCUCUACCUUCUCUUCUUCUGCCGAUCGAUCGAGGACAAGUCGCAUUCGCCAUGUGGAAGCUCAAGGUGAGCGAAGGUGGCGGGCCGUGGCUGCGGUCGUCGAGCGGCUUCCUCGGUAGGCGCGUCUGGGAGUUCGACCCCGACGCCGGCACACCGGAGGAGCGCGCCGAGGUCGACAGGCUGCGCGAGGAUUUCACCCGCCACCGCUUCCAACGCAAGGAGUCCCAAGACCUACUGCUCCGCAUGCAGUAUGCAAAACUAAACGGUCUUCUGGGGAAUAUUCCGUCCGUGAAGCUUGAAAAUGGUGCUGAAGUUACAGAAGAAAUUCUAUUAACUUCAUUGAGGCGAGCUUUGAAUCAAUAUUCUACUCUGCAAGCACACGACGGGCACUGGCCCGGUGAUUACAGUGGAAUUUUGUUCAUCAUGCCAAUAUUUAUAUUUGCUUUGCAUGUUACUAUGUCCGUUAGUAUCGUCAUAUCACCGGAACAUCGACGUGAGAUAUUGCGCUACAUAUACAACCAUCAGAAUGAAGAUGGUGGUUGGGGCACACUAGUUUUGGGGCGAAGCAACAUGUUUGGGUCAUGUUUGAACUAUGCUACCUUGAGGCUUCUCGGUGAGGUGGCUGAUGGCAAUAAUGAAGCCUUAGCCAAAGCGCGUGCUUGGAUUUUAUCGCAUGGAAGUGCAACUGCGAUACCGCAAUGGGGAAAGAUAUGGCUCUCCGUAAGGGCAAAGAAUACAAAUAAAAAACAUAUAAUAGGUGCUUAUGAUUGGUCAGGAAAUGUUCCAGUUAUUCCUGAAUUGUGGUUGGUUCCAUAUUGUCUUCCAAUCCAUCCAGGGAGAUUUUGGUGCUUUUGUCGCUUGGUAUAUAUGCCCAUGGCAUACCUUUAUGGGAAGAAAUUUGUUGGGCCUAUCACUCCAACUAUACUGGCAUUACGAGAGGAGUUAUAUAGCAUACCAUAUGACACGAUUGAUUGGAUCAAGGCUCGACAUUCUUGUGCCAAGGAAGACCUUCGCUAUCCCCGAUCACAAGUUCAAAAUCUUAUUUUUAGUUGUCUCAACAAGUUUGUGGAGCCCAUGUUAAAUCGCUGGCCAGGUAACAAGCUGCGCGAGCAAGCUUUGGAUAACCUCAUGGAGCAUAUCCACUAUCAAGAUGAAACUACUAAAUACAUUGGUAUUUCUCCUAUUGAUAAGGCGUUGAACAUGAUUUGCUGCUGGGUAGAAAGUCCAAAUUCAGACGCAUUCAAGCAGCAUCUUCCAAGGAUUUAUGAUUACUUGUGGCUUGCAGAAGAUGGCAUGAAGGCACAGGUUUAUGACGGUUGCCAGAGUUGGGAGACAGCCUUCAUCGUUCAAGCAUUUUGCUCAACGGAUCUUGUUAAUGAAUAUGGCCCAACUCUAGCUAGAGCUUACAAUUUUUUAAAAAAGUCACAGGUUCUUGAGAACCAUCCAAAUUACCAGAGCUAUUAUCGUCAUAGAUCUAAAGGUUCAUGGACUCUUUCAACUUUAGACAAUGGGUGGUCUGUAUCAGAUUGUACAGCAGAAGCUCUUAAGGCAUUACUGUUGUUGUCAAAGACUUCUCUCAACCUUUCUGUUGAUCCAAUAAAAGAAGAAAGCUUGUAUGAUGCCAUUGAUUGCAUUAUUUCUUUCAUGAACAAAGAUGGAACCUUCUCUACAUAUGAAUGUAAGCGAACGUUCUCUUGGUUAGAGAUUCUCAAUCCUUCUGAGAGUUUCCUGAACAUCAUCAACGAUUAUCCAUAUGUUGAAUGCACAUCAUCGGUGCUUGAAGUUCUGACAUUUUUCAAAGAGCUAUAUCCACUCUACCGUACCAAAGAGAUAGAAAAAUGUAUUAAGGAUUCUGCUAAAUUUAUUGAGAAUAAGCAAUGUAAGGAUGGUUCAUGGUAUGGCACUUGGGGACUAUGUUUCACUUAUGGAACUUUGUUUGCGGUAAAAGGACUAGUUGCUGCUGGAAGAACGUAUAAUAGUAGUGCAUCCAUCAGGAAAGCAUGCAACUUUCUAUUGUCAAAGCAACAAAUUUCAGGGGGAUGGGGAGAAAGCUAUCUUUCUAGUGAAACAGAGGACUAUGUUGAUGGAGGUACUUCUCAUGCAGUGAACACUGCAUGGGCAAUGUUAGCUUUGAUUUAUGCUGGACAGGUUGAGAGAGAUCCUUUACCACUAUAUCGUGCUGCAAAAGAAUUGAUCAACAUGCAGCUAGACACAGGCGAGUUCCCCCAACAGUGGCGGACCUGCGCCCCAGGCUGCUCAGGCUGCAGCCCUGGUCCUAGUCCAAGAAAUCAAUGGAGGUCUAUAGAAAAUUAGAUAAAUGUUCAAGGCAAAAAACACUUGAUCUUCUAAUAAGCUUGGAUCAGCCUGACCAAUACUUGGGUCCGCCCCUGUGUAUUGAUGAAUACAACAGUCUAUAAACUAGUUACCUGGAAAUGUCAUUGCUUUGUAGGGCUUGCAACAAGAUGCUUUGUAGAACAGUCUAUAUUGUUCUUCUCUUCACAUUAAAUGUUAAUUGACAGUUGGUGAUUAAAACCGAACUACUCAUCAUGCUUUAAC